AUGUCAUCUGCUGAGGAUAAGCUGCGCGAGUACGUGGAUGGACUGGAUAAGCUAGAAGAUCGGCUCAGUGGAAUACGGGAGUCAGUCAAGCAGCUAAGUUGCUACAAGAAUGUCACAGAUGCUGCCGGGCGGGGAUUGAAUGACAUUGAAGUACUCAAAGCCCAGACGGUUGAUUUGAAAGACGCUUUCGAAUAUGCCAGUAUUAGCGAGCAGUCCAAUAGCGCCGGUGUGGUGGAUAGUCGGCCACGGAACACACAGCACACACAGAACAAACCGCACACACACCAAAGCACGCUCAAGCCACCUAAAUUCAAAUACAUCCCUUCCUUUUCCCAUCCACCUCUCCACUCCCACCAAGAUGUCACUCGUCUUCUCGAUUCGCUCAUACCCUCUUUCCCCGGCUUGGGAGUGCGAUACGUGGAGCACGCGAGCAUCGGAGUGAAACUGAACAACGGUUUUCACGCCCUGCUCAUUCUCUCCCCCGAUAAGUACAAAGCGACGCGUAUCAACAUACGCACUUCCGAUGAGGGCACACGACAGCAAGACCACCUAGCAUCGCAACACACACUGACACAGCAGAUGUCAGCUUACUGUAGCGGUACAGUGGAUUCAUUCGAGGGCAGCCUCCCGUUCGCUUUGGCCUUGCUCGACAGCUACACGCGCACGCUCUUCACUCAGAGCUGCUACCGAUGUCACCGUCUCGUGUCACCUACCCAGCUUCUCCCGCCAUUCUAUAAUGUGUAUACGCACGACGAUGUCUGGAUCACCCUUCACGCCGACUGUCUCAAACAUAUUCAAUCACAUCUUGUCUAA